GGGCACAAGAAAGAAAGCAGCCCGUUCAUCAACAGCACCGACCUGGAGAAGGGGAAGGAAUACGAUGGGAAGAACAUGGCGCUGUUUGAGGAGGAGAUGGACACCAGCCCCAUGGUCUCCUCCCUGCUCAGCGGCCUGGCCAACUACACAAACCUGCCUCAGGGCAGCCGAGAGCACGAAGAGGCGGAGAACAACGAAGGGGCCAAGAAGAAGCCCGUCAAGGCCACGCGGAUGGGCACCUUCAUGGGCGUCUACCUGCCCUGCCUGCAGAACAUCUUCGGCGUGAUCCUCUUCCUCCGCCUCACCUGGGUGGUGGGCAUCUCGGGCAUCAUGGAGUCCUUCUGCAUGGUUAUACUCUGCUGCUCCUGCACCAUGCUGACGGCCAUCUCCAUGAGCGCCAUCGCCACCAACGGAGUAGUGCCAGCCGGUGGUUCCUACUACAUGAUCUCCCGUUCGCUGGGCCCGGAGUUCGGGGGAGCCGUGGGGCUCUGCUUUUACCUGGGCACCACCUUUGCAGGUGCCAUGUACAUCCUGGGCACCAUAGAGAUUCUGCUGGCCUACAUCUUCCCCCCAAUGGCCAUCUUCAAGUCUGAGGACGCCAGUGGGGAAGCGGCCGCCCUGCUGAACAACAUGAGGGUCUACGGGACGUGUGUCCUCACCUGCAUGGCCACCGUGGUCUUCGUGGGCGUCAAGUACGUGAACAAGUUUGCCCUGGUCUUCCUGGGCUGCGUCAUCCUUUCCAUCCUGGCCAUCUACGCGGGGGUCAUCAAGUCCGCCUUUGACCCCCCCUCCUUUCCGAUUUGCCUCUUGGGCAACCGGACUCUGUCCCGCCACGGCUUUGACGUGUGUACCAAGAUGGUCCAGGUGGGCAACGAGACGAUGGGCUCGGAGCUGUGGGCGCUCUUCUGCUCUUCUCGCUUGCUGAAUGCCACCUGCGACGAGUAUUUCAGCCAGAACAACGUCACGGAGAUUCAGGGCAUCCCUGGAGCGGCUUCCGGUCUCAUCCAAGAAAACCUCUGGAGCACCUACUUGCCGAAGGGGGUGAUUAUUGAGCGGGCGGGGAUGACCUCUACGCCCACCUCCGAGGGGCUGCUGGACCUGGACCAGCCCUACGUCUUCAGCGACAUGACUUCCUAUUUCACCCUCCUGGUCGGCAUCUACUUCCCUUCCGUCACCGGGAUCAUGGCUGGCUCCAACCGGUCUGGGGAUCUCCGGGAUGCUCAAAAGUCGAUCCCUACGGGCACCAUCCUCGCCAUCGCCACCACCUCAGCCGUCUACAUCAGCUCCGUGAUUCUGUUUGGCGCCUGCAUUGAGGGCGUGGUGCUCCGGGACAAGUUCGGCGAGGCCGUCAGUGGGAACCUGGUGGUGGGCACGCUGGCCUGGCCCUCCCCCUGGGUGAUCGUCUUCGGCUCCUUCUUCUCCACCUGCGGAGCCGGUCUGCAGAGCCUCACGGGGGCCCCUCGCCUGCUGCAAGCCAUCUCGCGGGACGGCAUCGUGCCCUUCCUCCGGGUCUUCGGCCACGGCAAGGCGAAUGGGGAGCCCACCUGGGCCCUCCUGCUCACGGCCUGCAUCUGCGAGAUCGGGAUCCUGAUCGCCUCCCUGGACGAGGUGGCCCCCAUCCUCUCCAUGUUCUUCCUGAUGUGCUACAUGUUUGUCAACCUGGCCUGUGCGGUUCAGACGCUGCUGAGGACCCCCAACUGGCGACCACGCUUCCGCUACUACCACUGGACCCUCUCCUUCCUGGGCAUGAGCCUCUGCCUGGCACUGAUGUUCAUCUGCUCCUGGUACUACGCCCUGGUCGCCAUGCUGAUCGCGGGACUCAUCUACAAGUACAUCGAGUACCGAGGAGCAGAAAAGGAGUGGGGGGAUGGCAUCCGAGGCCUCUCGCUCAGCGCAGCUCGUUACGCCCUGCUGCGGUUGGAGGAGGGGCCGCCCCACACCAAGAACUGGAGGCCGCAGCUGCUGGUGCUCGUCCGGGUGGAUCAGGACCAGAACGUCGCUCACCCGCAGCUGCUCUCCCUCACCAACCAGCUCAAGGCCGGCAAGGGGCUGACCAUUGUGGGCUCCGUGCUGGAGGGCACCUUCCUGGACAACCACCUGCAGGUCCAGCGGGCCGAGGAGUCGAUCCAGCGGCUGAUGGAGGCCGAGAAGGUCAAGGGCUUUUGCCAGGUGGUGACCUCUUGCAACGUCCGGGACGGCAUGUCGCACCUCAUCCAGUCCAGCGGCCUGGGAGGCCUGCAGCACAACACGGUGCUGGUCGGCUGGCCACGCAGCUGGCGCAGCAAGGAGGACCACCAGACCUGGAGGAACUUCAUUGAGUUGGUGCGAGAGACCACGGCUGGCCACAUGGCCUUGCUGGUGGCCAAAAACGUGGCCAUGUUCCCGGCCAACACGGAGCGCUUCUCGGAGGGCCACAUCGACGUCUGGUGGAUCGUGCAUGACGGGGGGAUGCUGAUGCUCCUGCCCUUCCUCCUGCGCCAGCACAAGGUCUGGCGCAAGUGCAAGAUGCGAAUCUUCACGGUGGCCCAGAUGGACGACAACAGCAUCCAGAUGAAGAAGGAUUUGACCACCUUCCUCUACCACCUGCGCAUCACGGCCGAGGUGGAGGUGGUGGAGAUGCACGAGAGCGACAUCUCGGCCUACACCUACGAGAAGACCCUGGUGAUGGAGCAGAGGUCGCUGAUCCUCAAGCAGAUGCACUUGACCAAGACGGAGAGGGAGCGCGAGAUCCAGAGCAUCACGGACGAAUCCCGGGGCUCCAUCCGGCGCAAGAACCCCCCCAACACCCACCUGCGCCUCCCGGACGAGCAGGUGGGCGACAGCGAGGAGAAGUCAGAAGAAGAGGUGCAGCUGAUCCACGACAAGAACGCCACCAGCUUCUCCGGCAUCUCCCAGUCCCCGGGGGAGGAGGCCGAGGCCGAGGCCGAAGCUGAGGCCGCCCCCGAGAAGGUGCACCUCACCUGGACGAAGGAGAAGGAGGCCGAGAAGAUGAAGGCCAAGAGCCCCAUCAGCUCAGAGAGCAUCAAGGACUUCUUCAACAUGAAGCCGGAGUGGGAAAAUCUGAACCAGUCCAAUGUCCGGCGGAUGCACACGGCCGUCCGGCUGAACGAGGCCAUCGUGCGGAAGUCGCAGGAGGCGAAGCUGGUGCUGCUCAACAUGCCGGGGCCCCCCCGGAACCGCAAGGGGGACGAGAACUACAUGGAGUUCCUGGAGGUGCUGACGGAGCAUCUGGACAGGGUGCUGCUGGUCCGUGGGGGUGGCCAGGAGGUCAUCACCAUCUACUCUUGA